CUCUUCGUUGUUGUUUGUUGUAUAUUUUUUAAGUUGAUUUUGCAAAAAGAAAAACAAUUUAUUAACAAUUAAAUUAAGCUAAAAAUUAUUAAUUUAAAUUAGUUAAUUAAGUUGAAAAAUACACGUAGCUAUGGAGCUACAUUUAAACAAGGCUGUAAAUUGGUGUUUAAUCAUUUACAUUUUGUUGCAAACAAAGACAAUUGAAGUAUCCUGCAAACGUUUACAUGAGAAAAUCUAUGAAUCCUUUUUUGGCGGCACUUGUUUUAGACGUUUAAAUGGCACCCACCAAACAGGCUGUUCUUCCGCUGAAUCUGGUUCUGUAGGAGCUUUGCAUUAUGUUAGCGAUAAAAGUCAAUUAGAUUUUCUACUGACAUCCCCACCAGCUCCACCUUAUGCCGCCAUCUUAGGUUCCGAUUAUUUCAAUCGAGAGAAUAUGAUGCGUUUAAAGCAUGAAGGUGGUCGUAACAUUACCGCCGUUCUAGUUUUAAAUAUGUUUGAUAAUUUUACUAGUGAUGGUGUGGGUUUUUCUCAUGAACUUAAAUGCCCCAACCAAUACAGUGGCAUACUGUUGCCCAAUUCUCAAGAAACUGCCACUUGUUCGGCCCAAAGACCCGAAGAUUCCUGGAAUCCUUGGGGUUCUGGUCUCCUGCAUGAGGAUUUUCCAUUUCCUAUUAUAAUCAUACCCAAUAAUGACACGGUAACCAAGUUAAUAGAAUGUUUUACCAAAUUCAAUAGUUUCGAUUAUGAGAACCAACAUUUACGCAGUCUAUGCGCUGUGGAAAUAAAAAGUUUUAUGAGUGCCGCCGUUAGUACAGAAGUGUGUUGGCGUCGUACUAAUUUCAUUAAUAAUUUAGCUCAAACACGUUACUGCGAUCCUUUGGAGGGUAAAAAUAUUUACGCUACUCUAUUUCCGCGACCAAUUGUAAGUGAAAAUGAGGUUAGCAAGGUACAUCCAAAGGAGAAAUUUAUAUUGGUCACCACGCGCAUGGAUACGACGGGGUUGUUUGAAGGUGUUUAUGGCGUUGGAGCAAAGGACUCUUUAACCGGUUAUACCGUACUCGUUAGCGUGGCCCAUACACUAUCCCGUCUCCUGGCAGAUAAAACCCUACUCAAAGACUCCAAUCUCAAUAUACUCUUUGUCAUCUUCAAUGGUGAAUCCUACGACUAUAUUGGAUCACAAAGAUUCGUUUACGAUUUGGAAAAUAAAGACUUUCCAAAGGCCAGCACACAGACCACACCCAUUACGUUUGACAACAUAGAAUUUGUUUUGGAUCUGGGCACAUUCGAUGAAAUGUCUAGCAUUAAAUUGCACACACUCAGUGAAUUUCCGUAUGCCAAAAUGAUAUUGCGCAAAUUACAGCACUAUGCCACCACACCGAAAUAUGAUUUUAAUAUAAAUUUCGAAAAUUCCAUAGGCUAUCAAAUGCCACCAACAUCGGCUCAGUCGUUUUUAAGAAAAAAUCUUUCAUUUCCAGCCGCCAUAUUAAACGCUCCGCCCACAAAUCGUUUCUAUCAUUCGGUUUACGAUGAUGGUGUCAAUUUGAAAUAUAAUUAUACAAACACUUCACUGGAUUAUACGCAACUAAUGGGUAGGGAGGAUGCUUUGAAAUAUUUCAAGACAGACGAUAUACAAAUGAAAAUACGUAAUGUAUCGGCCAUAAUUGCCAUGGCCUUGUACGAAACGCUAACGGGGAAGGAAUAUGUAGACGAUAAAUUUCCCAGUCCUGUGUUGAUUGAUGAAAUACUGUUUUGUUUUGUAAAGUCACAGAAUUGUCCAUUAUUUUUUGCGGCCUCGAAGCCGAAUAGUUUUAAGAAGUUGCCUUUAAUAGCACCGAAUCGUUACAUUAGUGUCAAUCGUGAUACUCAGGAAGCCACCAUUUGGACUUAUCGUAUAAUGGGCUAUUUAUUGUCACAAAAACUCCCCAAUGUAGCCAAAGAAAAUUGCACCAAUUUGCCUAGAUAUUGGUUUGCCGGUUACAACAAACAGGGAGAAUGUGGUGUAACCACACAAAAUUAUUCUUUAGCUUUAAGUCCAGCAUUUAUUAUAGAAGAUUACAAUUGGACUUCGGGUGAAUAUUCCACCUGGUCCGAAUCUACCUGGAGUUCUUUAAGUUCUCGUUUAUUUUUACGUCCCUCUCGUAUCCAUGAAAUUGUAACGUUAACAAUUGGUAUUGUGGUGUUAAUAUUUUCGUUUUGUUUGGUUUAUAUUAUUAGUACAAGAUCGGAAGUUCUAUUUGAAGAUCCUGGACCGAAUGCCAGUACUGAUGCGUUAACCCCACCUACGGCUUGUUAAUGCCUUAAAAUGAACACAAUACACACUGCACUACAACAACUACUAAGCAAAACUAUAAUUAUAAUUUUAUUUAUAGCAAUACUUCUAUAACAAAAAUUAUUGAGCAAAAGUUUUAUUUUUCUUAGAAAUAGAUUUUUUAUACUUUAUGCGAAUUUUUUUGCUAUUUUAAUACACAAAGUUGAAGGGGUAAGAAACAACUACUUUGACAAAUACAAUUCAAAUCUCAAAACAAUAAAUUUAAAUACUUAAAAGUUUAAGAACAACAACAACAUAAAGUGAGAGCAAAGAAAAUAGAGGAAUAUAGAAGUAAAAACAGAAAAAUGUUUCGUUAACCCCAGGUCUCCACGUAGCAAUAUUUAAUGUCGCAAUUGUCAAAUUUGAUUGUGUUCAUACAAUUUGCAAUAUGUAGACCGCAAUGGCCAUAUGUAGCAAUGCCGCAAUGAUUGGUCAACUGAUUGCUUGAGCAAUUAUUGGUAACCAAUAUGCUGUCAGUUAUAUGUUAUUUCUAUAAUUCGGUGUGAUUAAUUUAAUUUAUUUAAGUACCAAAAGUAACAAAAACAAAGAAAUUAAUAGAAAAAAUCAUUCAACCCAAAAUAUAAACAAAAUACACCUUAGUUUUUCAUGUAAAGAACGUUUUCUCCACCUAAAGUAAUCGCUGUGUUGUUGUUCUGCCGACAUUUUUGUUGCUUGUGCUUAGCAAUAAAAAUUGCUACGUGGAGACCUAGGGUAAAGAUAGUUUAACUGUUUAUCGUUUCGUAAAAUUGCCGGUUUAAACUUUAUUUAAACCCAAAGUAGCGAUAAACUUGAACUUAUUGAUUAACCCUUAAUGGCAAUUUAGUGUAAUAUUUUAAAGGGGGAUUAACUUACAAAUCAAAACUCUUCUUUUUUUAUUUAAUUUAUACUUAAUUUGAUAUAUUUUAAGGCUUUUAAAUGACAGCGUUUAAGAAAAGGAGGCAGUGGACAUUUUAAUGAAACUUUGUGUAUUAAAUUUCUUCCAUUUUAUGACAAUUGAUAUGAUUUUAUUUUAUGAUUUUAACUAAACCACUGAAAAGCAAAACAUUUCACACUCCAACAAUCCAUCCUAUUUGAUAUUUUAUUAAUUUUCUUAAGUAUUUUUCUUUUUCAUAUAAAUUAAACAAAAAAUAUAAUAAAAAAAAACUAUUCAACUAAAAUAAAACAAGUUAAAUGAACUUGUAGAAGCUCUACAGAGGUAAAUAAAAUUAAUUUUUGAGAAGUAUUAUUUAAUUUACAUGAGAAAUCUGUGGAUUUCAUAACUAAUUUUAUGAUUUUUAUUAAGAUUUUAAAGUUUUGACCAGUGGUAGAGACACUCAUUGACCAUUCGGUCCCUAACCUUCUAUAAAAAGUCUCAUAACUAAUUCUGUGUCUGUGUUCUAUUCGCUAGGGAAAGUUCUUUCUUUAAACCUAAAAUCAAAUUAAGAGUUUAUUAUGGUUGAAUAGUUUUUUUUUUUAAAUAAAUUCAUUAUAUUUAAAUACAAAUAUUUGUAAAACAAACUAAAAAAGACAUUUUUUUCUUCUAUGUACUAGCAAUUAUAAAUUAUUUAAAAAUGAAAAUUAUAAAUAAAUAUAUUUUGUUAUAAUUGUAUUAUAGUUAA